CAGCCCCACGCAAGCUCGCUCGCCCGGCCCGCUCCCUCCUUCUGCUCGCUGCCCCGCCACUUCUUCUUCUGCCUGCCACCCCGAGGGACCAUGGCGAGGUUCAGCUGGGGAUACGGCGAGCACAAUGGUCCUAUUCAUUGGAAUGAAUUUUUCCCUAUUGCUGAUGGAGAUCAACAAUCUCCAAUUGAGAUUAAAACCAAAGAAGUGAAAUAUGAUUCUUCCCUCCGACCUCUUAGUAUCAAGUACGACACAAGCUCAGCUAAAAUCAUCAGUAAUAGUGGCCAUUCCUUCAAUGUUGACUUUGAUGACACAGAGGACAAAUCAGUUCUGCGUGGGGGUCCUCUCACCGGAAGCUACAGGUUACGACAGUUUCACCUUCACUGGGGGUCCACCGAUGAUCACGGCUCUGAACACGUGGUGGACGGCGUGAGAUAUGCCGCAGAGCUCCACGUUGUUCACUGGAAUUCAGACAAAUACCCCAGCUUUGUUGAGGCAGCUCAUGAGCCAGAUGGACUAGCUGUCUUGGGCGUAUUUUUACAGAUUGGUGAGCAUAAUCCCCAACUUCAAAAGAUUACCGAUAUUUUGGAUUCCAUUAAAGAAAAGGGUAAACAAACUCGAUUCACAAAUUUUGACCCAUUAUCUCUGCUUCCUCCACGCUGGGAUUAUUGGACAUAUCCUGGUUCCCUUACAGUCCCACCUCUUCUAGAGAGCGUCACAUGGAUCGUUUUAAAACAACCUAUAAACAUCAGCUCUCAACAGAUGUUACGAACAAUAAGUUGUGGAGAUUCUGGAUCUGUUAUUUUUCCUCUGAUGAGUACUGUUUCCUUUGUGUUGGCAGCUGGCCACAUUCCGCACUCUCUUGUGUACAGGGGAGGGCAAAGCAGCGGCUUUUUUGUUGAGCAAUCACCGUCCACCACAGCCUCUGAAGGGCCGAAAAGUGAGAGCCUCUUUCCAUUAAAAGUUGUCACCAACAGAUCACCACAAACGUGUCUGUGGAGAGAAAACAAAACAAAACAAAACAAACACAAAAACCCCUACUAACAGUUCUUUCCUAGAAUUCUAAUUUAUGGGGUGCCAUUUUGCUGUCAGUGUCAACACAAAGAAAAUCAGAUCUUUUUAAUCAAACUAACUUAAGUCAUCUGUCUCAGAUUUGCAGUAUAUAAGCAGUAUAUACUUGGGUAUAUAAGCAGUAAACACUGGUGUGUUUUAAAACACACGGAAUACAUCUACUUCAACCUGCGUGACAACGUGGCGGGCGUUGCAAACCUCAGAAUGUAUUAAAAAUCUUCCCUUGCCGUAAAGACUGAUCAGUCACAUCUCUCAGUGAUGUUUGGUGAAAAACUUAAAUGCAUUCCCAGAAUGAUAGGAUUGUGGUACCUUUUCCUAAACAAGGGAUUCCGCUUAAUAUCUUGUUAUCAUUCCAAUUCAUAAAAGUAGAUACUAUUUCCUUUGAAAGUGAAUUUUCAUUUGGAUCGUGUUGCUGAUUCUCACUGCAGGAUACCUCUAAUAAAAUGAACAAGAGGAGAGUUAUUGGGGUGGGGGUGGGAUAUAGUGAAUUAAAGCAUCUAUUCCACAGCUCAAAAAGAGUCAAUACAAUUUUGGUGAGGAAUUCCCCAGGAUAUAAAUGGCUUUUUAAACUUUAAUGACUUAUGCCAUACAUCUCAUUCACUUGGUGAUGUUAAUGAUAAACUGGCUAAUAAUUGAUCAGACAAAGUGGUUGUCAAUUUAUAGCAUUAGCAUGAUUUGAAACAGAUUACAAGGUACCAGUGCAGGCAGAGCUGCCCAUGGGCAUGAGGCACAGGUUGGCUAAUUUUGUCCUGUGUUUUGGCAACAGAGCAGGGAGCAGUCCUGUGAAGGUCAUUGUUUUGUCAAUUGAUGGGGAAACAUUACUUGAGUUUCAUAGAUAUAAUCAGUCACAAACCCUUCAACCCAUUUCCAUGGCAACACCCCUCUCCCCUUACCCACAUGUCCCUCCAUCUCUUAAUUCUGUAAGUUGGCUCUUGAUAUUCACUUUAACCUAUUAUCUCUUGUAUAUUUUUGUUUGAUUUUGGUGAAGGAGGAUGGGGGAGGUCUUUCUGCUCUUUCUGGUACAAAUACAGUGACACUAAGCAUUAACUUAAUAAUCACGUUUAAGACUUGAACACGUGCUACACUUCUGUCAUCUUCUGGGAAAAGUUUAACUGAGUUUCCUUAAUUUUGAUGAUUUAUUAAGACACCUCUCUUCCCCUGAAUGUAGAUUUUAAUAAUUGGAAGUAUUCUGUGAUAGCCGUCUUCUUUUUUUUUUUUUGACUGCACCACAUGGCUUGUGCGAUCUUAGUUCCCCGACCAGGGAUCGAACCCAGCCCAUAGCAGUGAAAGCACCGAGUCUGAACCACUGGACCACCAUGGAAUUCCCUGUGAUAGUUCUUGAUAGGAUCACCGAUUAUCAGUAAAUUGUGUAAUAAUGAUAGAUAUGAUUGCAUUAAGAUGAGUUCCUGAAGAUGAAAGCUCCUUUGUUUUUUGUUUCCCCUUCACAGUAUCUAGCUUGAGGCCUUGCAGGAGAUUGACAAGUAGCAAAUAUUUAAUUAAUUGAAUAUUUAAAAAACUUUAUUUUGUAUCUUUGGUAAUUAUCUUGCUGCUUGCAAUCAAAUGCACUAUAAGUUCAUGUAACAAGUAAAGUGCAAGUUAUCCCUUGAAAAUUGUUUUUUCUUAAAGGAAUACUUGUUAAAUCUACCUGUGUAACCAGAAGUUCUCACUGGUUUUAAAAAUACCAGUGUUGAAUGAAUUUCUUUAGUUUGGAAAGACAUGUUGUGAAGUAUCCUAGUCAGAGAAAGAAGUCUGUUUUCUCAGAGAAAGUAAAUAGCAUGUAGGAUGGGGAUUCUAAUUACUGUGUAUGAGCAUUACCACUUCAUAAUUUAAGCUUUCUGCUACAGUAUUCCAUCAGUUCUAUGCUACAAAUUGGACUUUAGUAGACUAAAAACAUCUACACAGCACUGAUUUCCUUGAAGAUUGUCUGAUAAUUUAUCUCUUAGAGGCAAAAAGUUCUAAGUGUUAUCUAAAGUCUAAGUUGUUAUCUUUUGAAAAGAUUAAAGAGUUGUAAAUACUAGCAUGGAUAAUCUUGUUUCCCACCUGUAUUGGAUUUAUAUUUGUUAAGCAUUUUGUAUUUUAACUUAAAUUGGAUUCAACCACAAUAAAUAUUACAAGACAAACUUUGAA